AUGUCUGUUCCCCUCCCAUCUGCACCCCGCGUUACACUCGCCCCAAAUGUAUUUCUUCAACCUCCACUUUCUAGAAGGGGUAUCGGUCCAGGACUUGUGCUCUUCCUUCCAGAUAUCAGUUUUUCACCAGGGGUAACUAAGCCGCUCGAUCCUGAGCCUAUCCUGAAGUGGGCAGAGGAAGGGUUUGCUGUAGUCGGAAUUGUCAACUCAGAAGGACUGAACGUGGAGAAAGCUCUCACCCAAGGAGUCAAGGCGCUUUCUGAGCUUAGCCAAGUUGAUAUCAAAGACAAGUUUGCUGUUAUUGUGUAUGAACCAACUCUCAUUCCUAUUGUAUCAGAUGUGGUAUCAAUGGAUUCUCGUGUCGUCGCGCUUGUAGGCUACGGAUCCUUCCCAUCCUCAUCCUGCAAAACUCCAGCGCUUUUACACCUGGCUUCAACUUCGUCCAAGCCACGAGAUAAAAAUGUGCCAACUGCUGGUUCCAUAACGCAAUAUUCGUACUCAACAGACUCGCCUAACUUUGUGCUUCCCCAAUCUCCAUCUUAUACUCCCGGGAAUGCCUCCGUCGCCCACAGUCGUACUCUUUCAUUUCUCAGAAAGCACCUCGGAGGCCCCUUCUUUGACUUGGAAGCUAUAUGGGACGAGCAUACGCUGUACGAGUUCGGGGAGCGCAGUGUAGAGAAGACAAUGAGUACCAUGGUGGCUGAACCAUACGUGAAUGAUAUACCGAAUAUGACAGGGGGGAUAGGUCGCAAAGCGUUAACAGACUUCUACCAAAAUCAUUUUAUUCAUCAAAAUCCCGCAGACUCUACUCUAGAAGUUGUCACUCGCACUGUCGGCUCUGACAGAAUCAUCGAUGAAUUUGUGUGCCAUCUUACGCACGAUCAAACUAUUGACUGGCUCCUUCCGGGUGUGCCUCCAACCGGAAAAAAGCUGUCUAUUCCAAUGAUCAGCGUUGUUAAUGUCCGCGGAGACCGUCUCUACAAUGAGCAUAUAUGGUGGGAUCAAGCCACCGUGCUUCGACAAGCCGGCAUACUGCCCACUUAUGUUCCAUUCCCCUUGCUGGACGAUAGUGAUGCGCCCCCGCCGCUAGGAGAAGGCCAUCGUCAACUUCUUCGGCUUCCUGUAGCCGGCGCCGAAUGCGCGGCCAAGUUAGUCAACGAAACCAAAGAAAAGAGCAAUGGAAUGUUCGGGUCGAAAUGGGGACUACAGACACAUCCAAGAAAUUAG